CUGCUCACUGUGUUAUUUGCAGAACAUGCUAAACUACUAAACCUUUUAGAAACACUUUAAUAGAUUUAAUAGCAUGCAAGAACUCAGCAGUCACAGGAUUUCAUCUGUGGACUUUCACUACAAGCCUGAUGUUUUCUUUUCCCCAGACUGCCUUGAAGAAGACUCCACUAUUUGACUUCCACAGGGGGCGGGGGGGAAAGAUGGUGGAGUUUGCAGGCUGGAGUAUGCCCAUUCAGUAUAAAGACAGUCACAUUGCCUCUCACAUGCACACCAGAGAGCACUGCUCCAUCUUUGAUGUCAGUCACAUGUUGCAGACCAACGUCCACGGCAAAGACAGGGUGAAAUUUAUGGAGUCACUGGUGGUUGCAGACAUCGCAGAACUCAAGGACAACCAGGGCACAUUGACCCUCUUCACUAAUGAGCAAGGUGGGAUUAUUGAUGACCUCAUUGUGACGAAGACGGACCAGGGCUACCUCUACGUUGUCUCCAAUGCCGGCUGUGCUGACAAGGACUCUGCUCAUGUGAAGGCCAAACUGGCAGAGUUCAAAUAUGCAGGUUUUGAUGUGGAUCUGGAGUUUCUUGAUUGCGCACUGAUUGCUGUACAAGGUCCCACUAUGUCUCAGGUGCUCCAGGCGGGAUUGAAGGAGGACCUCAGUAAGCUAACUUUCAUGACCUCUGCCCUGGCCACGGUGUUCGGUGUCCCUGACUGCAGACUAACUCGAUGUGGAUACACUGGAGAGGACGGGGUGGAGAUCUCCGUCCCUGAGUCCAGAGUGGUGGAGCUGACAGAGAAGCUACUGACCAACAGUGAGGUGAAGCUGGCCGGGCUGGGAGCUAGGGACAGCCUACGACUGGAGGCGGGGCUUUGUCUUUAUGGCAAUGACAUCGAUGAGACCACUACACCUGUGGAGGCCACGCUUGUCUGGACCAUAGGAAAGCGCAGACGCCAGGCCAAAGAUUUCCCCGGUGCUGACAUCAUCAUACCUCAGAUCAAAGCCAAGACAGCCAGGAAGAGAGUGGGUCUGGUGUCCACCGGCCCCCCAGUCCGGCAGCAUACGCCUAUUCUCAGCCCUGAUGGAAAGGUCAUAGGUGAGGUGACCAGCGGCUGCCCCUCUCCCUGCCUGAAAAAGAACAUUGCCAUGGGUUACGUGGAUGCAGCGUUCGCCAAAAAUGGAACAGCCAUCCAGGUCGAGGUCAGGAAAAAGGCAGUGCCGGCCACCGUCAGCAAGAUGCCCUUUGUGCCCACCAAGUACUAUACUGGUUAGGAGAGACACUUAUAGAGUAUAGGUGCUGCUGAGUGUUCCUUCAAACGAUCCCGUAUUUGCCAGCACUGCCCCUUCAUUCUUAGCCCACUAUUUAAAAUGUACAAACCUUCACUGGUGAGUCCAACAGAGGAAAAAUUAGUCCAAAAAUUACUACUGACUAUUGAUCGGUCACUGUAACGCACAAAUAUAUUACGUUUAAAGUACUCACAGUGUUCAUAUUCAGAGUCACCAGGGCUGCUGCUUUGAGGAUGGACAUUAUAGGAGCUCAUGUAGAAAACAGGGUGUCCAGAUGACCCUCUUCAUAAUGGAUUGCAAAGUGUGUGUGUGUCCCACAUUUUGAUUGGCUCUGCAGGAUGUGCACGUCUAUAAAGUCUGGCUUCUAAUCAAACUGUCUGAAGACAGCAGGGUUAGUCCCACGUAGAGUCAUGUAGCUCUGCCCAUCAGGGAAAGAUGAUUUUCGUAAAUGUGAUGGAAACUGCCACAAUCAAUUUUUGUCCAGCUAAAAAGUUCCCCACCGUCUCUUUUUUUGGGAUCGGGUCACCCUACAUAGAGAGACUUUGCACAGACUGCCAGUCCUUAUUUAAUAAUUCAGUAUUAUGCAUGCAUCUGGUUAAGAAAUUGGUGCACUAACAUGGGUUCCCCUGCGGAUGAUGGGGCUGAGACAUUGUUCACGUUGUUCCGAGACCAAGUUGUUUUUUUUUUUUGUUUUUUUUUUGUUUGUUUAAUGAAAUACUUGCCGCACUUUUAUUUUUCCAGUGGGAGUAACAAAGAUGUAAACACUAGCAUUUCACUUUUUAUUGCUAACAAAACAUGAAAUCAUUUCAGUUUGUCACUGUUGGACCAAAACAGAAACUGCACACAACACAUUUCCCUUUCUAAGGUUUUCUGAAUAUUAUAAACCAAAUUUCCAGUGACUGUGGUUUUAUAAAAUGCCUGAUUUGUAAACAGUGGCGACUUGUUGUCCUUCCAUGCAAAAUGUCUCUGUCUGAAGUGUUGUAGUUUUUUACUUCACUUUUUUACUCUUGGUUUGGUGAUUCAUAAAGAAAUCAUAAGAUAAAAGCACUUUGCACCUGGGCAACAUGUGGUACAAGACUAACUUGAAAAUAUGUUAAUUGUAAUUAUUUUCUGUUUUCUGUCUGCUUCUAAUGAAAUUUUAAUUAUCAAAUGGGACACUGUCUUAUGACUUAUGUAUGUCUGCAAAACUACUGACUCUUAGGUUCUCUUGAGUAUUUGCUGUAUGUGAGUUUGUACUAAUACUUGGACUAAUUAUGGAGUUUUUGUAAACAUUUUCUAUUGAUAUGAGGUCUUUUCUUUAAUAAAGGUGAUUUU